AUGUCCGAUGGUGUGUGGAUAGGAGGUACAGAUUCUUUAGUAGAAGGCGAAUGGCAGUGGGUAAAAACUGGAGUGUCCAUCAACCAACAGGAAUUCACUCAUUGGUGGCCAGGAGAGCCAAACUCUAGUGGAAACCUCGGAGAAGAUUGCAUGGAUCUCCUUCACCACGAAAAUUAUAACUGGAACGACGAACGGUGUGAUCGCCAGGCAAAUUUCCUUUGCGAAAAACAGGCGGCUACAGGACAGCAGAUCAUUGGUUAAAGGACGGGCUUAAUUAUCAUAUGGUCGCUUACAAGUCAUAAAAACAAAACAAAUA